AUGGCGCGGUUAAAUGACGACAGUCAACAAGACGUCGAUUGCACAGAGAUCCUAAGCCCGAAACCAUUUACCCCUCCAGGAAAAGACUUCCUUGUAUCCUCCCUCGAGUCCAGCAACGAGACAUAUACCGCCGAUAAUACACAGAUGUCCUCCGCCCAAGAAUAUGAAUACAACUCUUCCUCCUCCUCCACUCGCCAUUCAACAAGUGACGUCUUCGGCCGUGAAAUGGACGAUGAACUAGACCAAUUGAAAUCCAGAGCAUCGAGUCGCUCAUCACUAUCCUCAACCCCAGCCUCCGUCCUCAUUCACCCAGUCGACAGAAUGAAACAAAUGCCAGACAUGGACAUACACGAAAAGAUAGGCGGUUACAGAGUAGAAGAGUCCGAAGCUAGCUUCGGCGACUUCAACGAUAUCCCCGCUAAUGUCCGCACCAUCCGCCAGCGCGAAGCCGCAUUCCGGAAACCGAGUUCGGUCAGGGCAAUGCAGAUGCACACAGAAGACGAAGCUGACGAUGACGACUAUCUAACGCCCCCGCGCCGACGGCCAGGCCUCCGGUCACGGUCACCUGGCCCUUCGCCAUUGAGGCGCUCACCGUAUUAUUCGCCAAAUGCACCAAAGCAACCGAAGCCCAGGAAGGAGGCUCCGCUCGUGCUACUGCAUUGCACCCUCCUCCCGCCGUCCAUCCCAGUACCUGGGGCAUCGGACCCUAGAAACCAGCAUAUCCUGGAAGACGAGCUACCGGCAGAAUACUGGAAGCGCUGGCGGCGGCUCCAAGACCGUGUUGGAUCUGGCGUGCUGCGCGAUCGUGGCGUGCUAAUCUCGCACCCAGAGGAUCUGUAUGACAUUCUAGAGGAGCGGCUGCUGGAGAGUCUCGAGCUGCAGCGACCACGCCUGCAAAAUGGGCACUUCGUGGGUCUAGAGGACCAUAGCUCUACCUCUGAAUCAGAGGGGGACUUUUCGGACAUCGAAGAGAGCGAGACAGACGGUGAGCAGGGCGACGAGUGUCCCGACUGCGGGACCCAUGUACGGCACGGAGAUAGUAACCGCAAAUGGGAGAUUCGGGUGUUUGCUGCGAACGGAUUGAUGCGCGCUGGGGCGUGGGCUGCUGCGUGGCGCGAUAUGGAAAAGGUUGAUGUGGAGGUUGGGCUUUGGUUGCCUUCUGAUGUGCGCCGUGGACUGGAGAGGAGGCUUGCGGAGGAGCAGAUGGCCGUUGUGGAGCAGGCCCAGAGCCAGAUGCCGCCAAUGCAGAUGCAGAUGCAGAUGUCGCCGCUGGUUCAUGGUGGGCAUCAGGUAUCACCCGAGAUUCUGCAGUCGCCUAGACAGAGCCAUGCACGUAUGAUCAGUGAUGUGGGAUCUUUCCAGUCUGAUGAUAUGACGUUCAGACAGGUCUCCCCUGAAGCUGAAGCUCGGCUCGACCAUGCGUCUGAGCUUGGACGGGAGAAGAAGGAACACGAAGUUGCUCUAUCGACUCUCUUGGUCAAUUAUAUCCGCAUUCUGGCGGCUGACAGGCGAAAUAUUGCCCUUCUUAUUCUCAGCGCUCUUGUAGCUUUUCUUGCUAUCGGUUCUCGUUGGCAGCAAGUCCCCGUCUACUCCAAUCUUGAUUCUUUUUCGCAUACCUUGUCGAAUGAUGUUCUGCCGUCUUCGACUAUGCCGAGCUUGAGCGUCGCCCCCUCUCCGUCUCCUAUCGAUAUAGGGGGCUCAGCCAGUGAGAACGAUGCACUGGUCCUGAGCUCAGUUGACUCGGUCCCGGCUGAGUUCGUGGCUGCUAGUGAGAGAGAGGUGAUUUUAACCUCUGAGAUAGUGGAGCCUGCUUCUCUGACAAUUGACUCUCCUAAUUCUUCUCAGCCGACAGAGACUACAGCCUCGCCCCAGCUGGCGGAGACAUCUCAGGCUCAGACUAAGGAAGUAGAAUCCUUUUCUUUGUCUGCUCUCCCCGUUGAAUCUCCCAUUGUGUCUUUGGAGCCCACGGAGUCUAUACGGACUAUAGAACCUCAAAUAGAGGGCGACAUACACGAUUCUUUGGAUGACACUGUGGACUCUCUCGCUGCACCUUCAGGGCCCUCUCCUUCUUUAACCGACUACGAUAUAUCUCCCACCCCAUCAGAAAUGUCUGCCGACAAUGAGCAGCCCCAGCUUGAGCGUGAAGCAAAACAACCUUUGGAUGACACCGUGGACUCUCCUAUUAUGUCUUCAGAGCCAUUUUCUUCCCCCACAGACUCCAUCGACCCUCCCGUUCUGUUAAAUAUAGCGACGGGGACUGCAGAGCCUGAUAGCCAAGGCGAAAACGAAGAGCAGUAUGAAGCACACGAGAAAACAGAUUGA